UAUUGUCAUGAGUGAUGACCCUUUUUUUUUGGAUAAAUUUAUUGUAUAAUAUAAGGAAUUGGAAUUGAACCCUUGGAUAUCGACACAUUCACUACUAGUCUACCCUGAGAAAAACAAUGAAGUGGGGUCUAGCCCUGAUCCUUAGUCCUAGAACCAGGAUCCGGUACUCACUAAAGUCAGGGUGACUCAUUAGAUUGGUCCCGAUGUCGCCAUGAACAGCCUGCCAAGAAGCUUAAAGAGUUGGCGGAUUCGGACGCAACUUCCCUUAGCGAUUGAGAUACAGCUAAAGGUAACUCAUGCCGAAGCAAGUCACCUUUCCAUCAUCAUUUCCUGAUUUCCCCUCCAUUCACUUCAAUUCUGUAUUAGACGGUGUGAACGUAAUCAUGUGGGUUUUGAAGGACUAUAAAAGGAUGGGAGGGGGAGUAGGUGCUCUGCUGCAGACGCAUUUCAUAACAACAGUCACGACUUUAUCACCUUCAAUCUUCAUCUCAUCUUGAUCUAUGCCAAAUAACCUAAUCCUUCAAAAACGAUGAAGUCAGCCCAAUAUAUUCCCCAACUUGUCGCAAGCCUCUCUCCUACUCCCGCGAUGGAGAUCCGUCUAACUAGUAAACAAACAGUCUUCACAACCGGCGAAAGACUCCAGGGCGAACUGGUCCUCCACCAGAGGAAUGUUCCCCAAAGCCCCCACAUUUCCAUAACAUUGAUUGGAAGAACAUCAACAACCGUAACAAAGACCACGCCCUUCCCCAACAGCGGUAGUAUAGUCGACUACACCUUUCUCCAAAUGCACCACAUUGGAAUUCAGGAAUCAUCGCAUCAUCAUCGCAUCUUCCCUUUCUCAUUUGUCAUCCCUGAUGCUCUCCCAUCCGACCCAUGUUCUGAGCAUAUUCCGUCUAGAACGGCUGCUCAUCAUGGAAAGGAUCAUCUCCAGUUACCCCCGAGCGUUGACUAUAACUCGGAUAGGUACUGUCCUGAGAUGUGCAGCAUUAUCUAUUACGUCCAUGCCGAGGUAGACAUCAGUAAUCAGCGACUUCGUGCCACACGGCAGAUCCAGCUCCUCCCUCUAUACCCUGAAGAGCCACCUCGUCUGUGGCCAGAGGGAGAAGGUAGUGGGAUUCAGAUAUCCGAUUCGACAGGGCUUCGGAUGAGUCUACUGGGUGCGAAAAUGGGGCACGUAACGGUGCGUGCACAAGAGGCAAAGCCGCUCUACCUACCUCCGGAUCAACGUCAUGGGUCAACUAUGACUCCUGUCCGCUUCAAUUUCGGCCUCGAAAGCCUCCAUCCGGAGCCCACCUUACCAGACAAUUGUCAGGUCAAGGUCACUUUGGAGGCUGUGACGUAUUUUACAUUGUCGCCGAUGGUCGAACUACCGAAUUGGCAGAGCGCAGUCAAUGGACAAGGACAGGUUUUCCGGACGAGUGUGUGUUCGUGGAAGAAUAAGUCCGUUGGUCUGCAGUGGAUUGAGGAAGCGGACGAUUCUCACACUGCUAGUAUUGUCGUGCCGAUACCAGUAUCCGGCGAUGUGGCUCUCGUUCCGACCUUCCGCCAUUGUUAUGUGGCCAGGGAAUAUUUCGCGAGAGUUGAGGUGACAGUGGGUUGUUCGAGGGCGUUGCGAAUGAGGGUGCCCGUUCAGAUCUAUAAUUCACUCGAGCGCUAAUUGAUCUUGAUCAUACUUUAAUCCCACCAAAGUCUAUGCUUAUAAUACUAUAUCCG